UGCAUUUCUUGUCAUUGAGAAGCAAGAUGGCGUCAGCAUCAGAACAUCAUGGUGCCGCAGACAGCGAACUGGACGAGUUAUUAGACAGUGCUCUUGAUGAUUUUGACAAGACCAAUGUGCCUCCUGUGGCCCCUGAGGCCCCCACUGCCCCUGGUGCAAGCACGACGAGUGAUGAGAAGCCUCCUCUGUUGGAGGACAGUAAGUUCUUUGAGUCUCUCUUUGAUGGUGAGAUGGCCAAUCAAGCACGUGAGGAGUGGGAGAAAGCCAUGACUGAGUUAGCGCAAGAAGAACCUGACCUAAUACAGCAUUUUCAUAAGCUCUCUGAGGCAGCAGGUAAAGUAGGCACAGAUGUAGCUUCACAACAAGAGUUCACAUCCUGUCUUAAAGAUACCCUUAGUGGUUUGGCGAAAAAUGCAGACAACCUGCAGAGUGCAGGGCUGGCUGGAGAUGAUCUGGUAAAGACCUUAGAGAACCUGGGAUUGAAUGAAAAUGGGGAGGGAGGAGAUGAUGGCAAUAUUCUCCCAAUAAUGCAGUCCAUCAUGCAGAACCUUUUAUCUAAAGAAGUGCUAUACCCUUCUCUUAAAGAGAUAACAGAGAAGUACCCUGGAUGGUUGGAGAGCAACAAGCAAUCCCUUCCCACAGACCAGUUCAUGCAAUAUGAGCAACAGUACAAAAUAAUGGGAGAAAUAUGCAGCCAAUUUGAGAAAGAUGGAGACAAAGACAGCACGUUUGAAAACAUUCUGGAACUCAUGCAGAAGCUGCAAGACUUGGGUCAACCUCCAAAAGAGCUUGCUGGAGAGGCACCUCCUGGCUUGAAUUUUGACCCAGAAUCUCUGCACCUUCCUGGAGCGCAAGGAGUCCCAGGACCAGAGCAGUGCUCAAUCAUGUGAUCUCAAUGAGGUUAAAUUAAUGUACAUUUGAAAACGAUACAAUUUGGAGCUAAUUAUCUGAACCUGAGUUGGACACAGUUGAUCAUGCUCCCCUUUUAAAGGAGUUUGCUUUUGUGUCUGCACUGAAACUGUGAGCGUUCACGACAUUAAUUUUACUUCGUAGUUCUCUAUCCACAGAGGUUCUUUUCAUAUUCAUCCCUAAUCCAUUCGCUGUCCUCACUGUAGAGCAGCUCGUAAUGUUUUGAGUGAAAUUUGAUAUCUCAGUGUGCUGACAGCUUGGUAAAAAUCAAAGUUUUCUGAAUUUUGUAAAGGUUUUACACUUUUACUUCAAGCACAUUUGACAAGUAUUGCGGUGGAUUGUAUUUUGAAGAAGUAGAGACAAAUACGUGGAGCUCAGAUGGACAGCAAAGGUAGUUACGGUUUGAUUGGUUUAAUUCUAUUUUUAAAUCUCAGAAGAAUGGUCAGGGUCUGUUAAUAGCUUCCAUUAGAUUGAUGAAUUUAUUUAAAUUAUUUUAAUUUACAGUGUAAUGUCCAUUUAUUCUCACACUAUAUCAUAUAUACUGUACUAUUUCUGUGAUUUGACCACUAAUCAGUGACCAAAAUGGAUCUCACAGAU